AUGUCCCUCGGCAACAUGGACGCGUUCCUCUUCGAAGACGGCUGCAUGGACGACAGCCUCGCCCUCGGGCUCAUGAAGGACGACGAGCUCGACCGCGUCUUCCUCGACGCCAAGGACGUCCUCGACCUCGCGCCCACGACCAAGCGCAAGCUCGACGAGACCGAGCCCGACAAGGAGACGGCGCGGAAGAACGCCAAGCGCGAGGCCUACAAGAAGCACAUCCGCAAGCGCCAGAACGAACAUGCAGAGCUCAAGCAGCAGGUCCAGGAGCUCGAGGACCAACUCCAGUUCCUCUCCAACAUGAAGGCUAUUGACGCGACGUUUGCGUCCAACUGGGAGAACAUUGCGCGGGACCUCGCGUCGCACCGCCAAGAGUCGGCCGCCGAGAACGAAAAGCUCCGGCAGAAAGUCGCCGAGCAGAGCGAGUUCAUUGAGACGCUCCAGACGCUCCUCGCCAAGCGCCCGCGCCUCGCCGUGUUUGAGAACGACGAGUGGAAGGCCCUCCGGCUCGUGGCCGACCCGUCCAAGCGCAUCCAUGGCAUGAACGCGCUCCUGCACCGCCAGCGCCAGAUGCUCACGGGCGUGUUCCUUCAAUGCGGCCUCCUCGAGCCGCACGACGACGACAUCCACAAGGUCAACGUCUGCUCGGACAUCACCAAGAUGCUCAUCAGCGAGAGCGUCCGCUUUAUCACGGAGAAGUGGGGCGACAACUACAAGAUCCUCGAGACGAUCGACGCCAACACGGUGUACGUCGAGUACGUGCCCCGGAACGGCGUUGCAGAUGCGUCCGGUGUGCUCUGCGCGCGGUACCUCUACCGGCGCUACUACGAGGACAACCGCGUCGUCAUUGUGUGGAAGUCGAUUUUGGAAGACGAGUGCUACCCCCUCGACGAGAGCGUCAUGCGCGUGCACCAGAGCGGCUGGAUGGUCAUCGAAGGCGACGUGAAGAACCCGUCCCAGUCGCUCUACAAGCUCUUCGUACAGCGCCACUCACCGACGCGCGCGGGGAAGCUCAUCCACCUCACGGACGUCUUCCAGUUUAUCAUGCCCAACAUCUCGCUCGAGAAGCGCACAACGACGUAUGUUACGGACUUUAUCGUGCAGUCGUUCCGCGGGGUCGAGGUCGCCUUUGAGAAGGCGAUCGACGUGGCCGUGCGCAAGCUCACGUACCACCACCGCCACGACUUUAUGCUCACGCAGGCCGAAAUGUCGCUGUGA